AUGAACAAUAAUAGUAACAAUAAUAACAAUCAUAAUAAUAAUAAUGACGUCACGAGGAGGAAGAAAAGGUUUGCCAGAAACGUCAACAGCAACGUCAGAACAUUUUUGGAUAACAUAAAUUUCAUCACAACCGCAGAUGUUGACAACGACGGUGGACACUGGUGGAUUCAGAGACAAACAACUAAAACAUCGAACGUUAAUGCAAACAGUAACAACAACAACAGUAAAAAUAGCAUCAUUCAAAACAACAACAACUCGAUCGCUGGCAAGAAUGUUAGCGACUACAACUACAAUAACAACGCCAUCUUGAGUGAAUUUUUUAGAAACAGUUCGAAUGUGACCAAUGGAACGUCAAAAUCAAAAUACAUAAAAGAUUCUACCUCCAGACAGGACUACAGAAAUCAUUUCCUCGAUCCGUCCAUUGUUGAACGAUGUCUAAGAGAAAAUGAGAUGUCAACACCAGGGAUCAUUUGUUCUGACGAGUCUGAAAAAUUGUUGAAUGUAUCAUGUGUAACGACAAUCCUUAAACAGAACGCAAAGCAGUGA